AUGAAUAUUUUCAUUGUAGCCUUUCGACGAUGGAGUAAUCGUAUUUCUCUUGCCUAUAAAUUGGUACCAACAUGUUAUAUUAUCUGGUUAUUUAUUUUGGGUCAUCGUCUCAUCUUCUACAACAUAUCAACCGGCAAAUGCACAGCUCAGACGGGUACCUAUGCACGAUUUGAUAGUUUUUUUGAAGUGAUCAUGUCUGGUCUAUGUCCACCCAUAAUUCUGCUUGUACUUGGUACUCUACUCAUUCGAAGCAUUCGACGUGUUAUGUAUCGACGAGUGGUACCAAUAGGUGGUGUGGCUGACAAGACGAUUAUCAAUCGAUCAGUUCUACAGCAAAUUGAUGCACAGCUAUCUGUCAUGGUAUUGAUGCAGACAUUCACUGCUAUUCCUUCUUUUGUUCCAUAUGGAACUGAGCUGUUAUAUUCAAAUCUUAGUCAAAAUUGGUAUAAAUCUCCUCUACGUCGUGCUUGGGAAGCUGUUGUGAUUGAGACUAUUCAUCUUCUCUCGUAUUUCUUCUUCAGUACCAGGUAUGUUAUAUUAAAUCAGCGCUGA